AUGGCGGAGGUGCCCGAGAAAUACCUCUUUGUAUCUCCCAUCACCUCCACCUCACAGCCCACCAAGUAUCGCACAGACUUAAUCAAGGCCCAGGCUCGCUCCCAUGCUGCCCGCGUGUCUUAUCCUCGACACCCCAAGGCAAGACGCGAGACUUGGACUCGACGACCUGAUGACGACUCGUCCAAUGACGCUCAGGCUGGUAUCCCAUAUAUCGCAGAGUCUCGUCCCACCAGCGAAGAACCGUCUCCAAAAGUCAAGAAUGCUACCAAUCAUGUUUCCAGCAAUGACUCGAAAGCGCCAAUGAACAUUGCUUUCCGUCCUAGGAAGCCCCUGGUCAUAAAGUUUCGUGUCCAUGCAGCCAAGCGCCGGCCAGUCAAGGUCGUUGGUGCUUCCAGAUCCUUCGUUCAGUCCCCCAAGAUCCCAAUCAACAUCAGCAAAAGUGCCUUAGACCCCUUUGUCCGGUCCUCGAUCGAGCUUUCCGUCCCGGACAAGCAUUUGCUGCACCUGUACCUUUCCACCGUUCCCGAUCAGAUCUACGGUACGACAACCGGCACUGUCUCAGAGGUCGCUCGCAAUGUCUCUCUCAACGUCAUAAGCGAUAAUGCUAUUACCACCAUGUGGCUGCUGCUGGUCGUUGAGUCCCAGGUUGUCAGCUUCCAGCCCAGCAGAAAGGAUGCCCAACUGUCCAUUCUCACACGACGCAAUCAGAUCUACCGAUCCAUGAACGCCCGCCUGGCUGACAAAUCUAGCUCCACCGCCGAAGACUUUCUCCUCUCAGUUGCCAUCGCCGCCGCCUGCGAGAAACGCCUCGGCAACGAUGUCCUUGCUGAACAGCACUUAUCCGCUGUCAAGCGUAUCUUGCUCCUCAAUGGCGGCCUGUCCUCCAUCCGUCGUCUAAAAUACCCCACUGGCCUCAUGAUCAUCAAUAUCAUUGUCGAAAACCAGCUUCGCUCCCUUUUUGAUACAAAAAGUCUCCUCGAUGCCCGUCUAGCAGCCCUCAUCACCACCACACUCGCCCAGAUCCAAACCUGGAACGCCCAUCUUCGUCAACACGCCCAGGUCAAGUUGCAGCAACGAGAGCGAAAUUCGUCUACCUCUUUUACAAUUUCCAACGCCGCCUCAUCAUCCUCCUCGUCUCAUCGCCGGUUCAUUUCAGGGGAUGCCACGAGUAGCGACUGCCUGACAGAUCGUGCUCGGGCGUUCGCACCAAUGACUGCUCUACAUUGCUACGUCAGAGUACCAGCAGAAUCGGAUCCGGAUUCAUUCGAGCUCGACGAUGCGCAAUGCCGAUUCUUUCUGGGUAUGUUAUUUACGAUAAAUGCUGCGUUGUAUGCUUUUCGAAGCAGCGCCCGUCACACCUCGCGCUAUCUACAAGCAUUAACACGUGCAGUCGAAAUGAGUACGCCUGCCAACUUCGUUCUACGUGCCGGCGGUUCGAAGUUGCCAUCUCUUAUGAUGCUCAUGAUGAUCGCCCACAACGUUGUUGACAUCGAGGGCCCUGCUGGUUUCCACGAGGAAUCUGACAUCGAGACUGACACCGAUGCGGUCUUUCGUGUCGAAGAGAUCUUUGAGUUUGUGGGUCUCAUUAUGAUCGCCGGUCUUGACUCAAGAGUCUCGGUCAUUAGGGCUCUUUCUUCCUGGCUGAUUUUCGAAAUAACUGAUUCCAAGAGUUUGUCUCACAUCCCCCUCCAGGCUGUGGUCGACGACGUGCGAACUAGCUGGACGCCUAACUAA